AUGGGGCUCUGGGCGCUGCUGCCCAGCUGGGUUUCUGCUACUUUGCUACUGGCACUGACCGCCCUGCCCGCAGCCCUGGCCGCCAACAGCAGUGGCCGAUGGUGGGGCAUCGUGAACAUAGCCUCCUCCACCAACCUGCUGACGGAUUCCAAGAGUCUGCAGCUGGUGCUGGAGCCCAGUCUGCAGCUACUGAGCCGCAAGCAGCGGCGACUGAUCCGACAGAACCCGGGGAUCCUGCACAGCGUGAGUGGAGGGCUGCAGAGCGCAGUGCGAGAGUGCAAGUGGCAAUUCCGGAACCGUCGCUGGAACUGCCCUACGGCUCCCGGGCCCCACCUCUUCGGCAAGAUCGUCAACCGAGGCUGCCGGGAAACAGCAUUUAUCUUCGCAAUCACCUCCGCCGGGGUCACACAUUCGGUGGCGCGCUCCUGCUCCGAAGGUUCCAUUGAGUCUUGCACCUGUGACUACCGGCGGCGAGGCCCUGGGGGCCCCGACUGGCACUGGGGGGGCUGCAGCGACAACAUCGAUUUCGGCCGCCUCUUCGGUCGAGAAUUCGUGGACUCUGGGGAGAAGGGGAGGGACCUGCGCUUCCUCAUGAACCUUCACAACAACGAGGCAGGGCGCACGACCGUGUUCUCCGAGAUGCGCCAGGAGUGCAAAUGCCACGGGAUGUCCGGCUCGUGCACGGUGCGCACGUGUUGGAUGCGACUGCCCACGCUGCGCGCCGUGGGCGACGUGCUGCGCGACCGCUUCGACGGCGCCUCCCGCGUCCUGUACGGCAACCGGGGCAACAACCGCGCUUCGCGGGCGGAGCUGCUGCGCCUGGAGCCCGAAGACCCGGCGCACAAGCCGCCCUCCCCUCACGACCUCGUCUACUUCGAGAAGUCGCCCAACUUCUGCACCUACAGCGGACGCCUGGGCACAGCCGGCACAGCCGGGCGUGCUUGCAACAGCUCGUCUCCGGCUCUGGACGGCUGUGAGCUGCUGUGCUGCGGCCGGGGCCACCGCACGCGCACGCAGCGCGUCACGGAGCGUUGCAACUGCACCUUCCACUGGUGCUGCCACGUCAGCUGCCGCAACUGCACGCACACGCGCGUGCUGCACGAGUGUCUGUGA